CUGUAAUUAAGCCUAAGCUAAAGACAAAUAUGAUCUGGAACUCUAACAGCAACCAUGCUCUUGUUUUCAUUGGAACAUUCAGAAUGAUUACAACAAAAAUACACUUUUAACUUAUCCUCAUCGUUAUAAUAAAAUCACAAUCUCUUCAUUGUACAGUCUCUAGAUAGUGUCCUUCCUUCUUGUCUGGCUUGUCUUUACUUCAUCUCUCUCCCAUGAGGGCAACUUAGAACUUUGUCUUUCUUCCUUUAAUUCUUCAAGACUUAGCAGUUUCACUUUUUGAACCUAAAGAUUGCAGCUUUCCUCUAAACCUCUAGUCUUCAACAGUGUUCAAACCCUAGCUUCCAUGGCAAAAACUAGACCAGGGGUCUCUGCACCCAAGCUCAAAGCAGGGAAGAAGGACCUCCAUUCUUACACCAUUAGAGGCACCAACAAAAUUGUUAGAGUGGGGGAUUGUGUUCUGAUGCGUCCUUCUGAUAUCGGUAAUCCCCCCUAUGUGGCCCGGGUUGAGAAAAUCGAAUCAGAUAACAGGAACAACGUCAAGGUUCGAGUGCGAUGGUAUUACCGUCCUGAGGAAUCACUUGGAGGAAGGAGGCAAUUCCAUGGAGCAAAGGAGCUGUUUUUGUCUGACCACCAUGAUGUGCAGAGUGCUCAAACCGUUGAAGGGAAGUGCAUUGUUCAUUCUUUCAAGAACUACACCAAGCUUGAGAAUGUUGGGGCUGAGGACUACUAUUGGAGAUUUGAAUAUAAAGCUGCUACCGGGGCCUUUACACCUGAUCGAGUUGCUGUGUACUGCAAAUGUGAGAUGCCCUACAAUCCUGAUGAUCUUAUGGUUCAAUGUGAGGGUUGCAAGGAUUGGUAUCAUCCUGCUUGUGUAGGCAUGACAAUUGAAGAAGCAAAAAUGUUGGAACACUUUGUCUGUUUUGAAUGUUCCGAGGAUGAUUUCAAACAAUUUCAGAAUGGAUUUCAUGCAUCACCAGUAUCUGAUGCAAAGGUGGAGUCUAAAAGACAUAAGAGAUGAGUAAACCAUGGGAAAGCUUUUUGUUGAAUGAGAGAAGACUCGUUACGCAGAUUUAGCUUGUAGGCCGUUGCUAUGUGAGCUGUAUAUUGUAGAAAUUAUGUGCUUUGUCCACGCUGGUGGCUGGUUAGUAACUUAUGUGUAGGAGACAUCAUUUGUAUCUGUGUUAGGUUUAGGAGAUUAAUGUCUGUGCAGGAGGAUCAAUUGUCUGUAGUUCUCUGAUUUUGAACCGAUAUUUUCGGGUAACUCAUCUUAUUGACUUAUUGAUUAUGCUUUGCCAUCUUACUUGGGAAAAAGUGCAAAAA